GUCUUUUCGCCUUGGCGGCUCUGCCAAAACCCGUCCUUAAAAGUUAAAACCUCCUUCCGUUUCUUUCUGUUUCAGUAUCAAAUCACACCACAGUUUUAGCAACUCCUCUCAGCUCACCUUAUCUUUUUGCCGAAUCUUUUUCCAAAAUGGAUCCCCAAGAAUUCAUUGCUGUGGCUCUGGAAAUUUUUUUGGCACGAGAGAGACAGAAGAUAAGGCUGAUGAAAGAAUCAAUGAGGGCUGAUCAAGUUGCACUUCAGGAGAAGGAGAGGGAGUGUUCCAUGCUUAUGAGAAAAAAUCAGGAUAUGCUCGCAAAAGAAGCGGCAAAGAAAAAAUUGGUUGAUGAUUUCAUGGCUUUCAUUGGAGCGAACGAGAACAAUGAGAAUGCCCAGAAAUUUGAUGAUAAAAUAAUGAUGAAAGCUAUUGAAACUGUGAUGACCAGUUGCGGAGGCGACAAUGGAGGAUUUGCCAACGGCUACGGAGACACUAGUUUUCCUGGAAUCUAUCUGGGUCUUGAAGAAAAAACUACGAUCAAUGAAAUUGUUGCUCUGGUGAACAAAAUUGGCAGUUGUGGCGGCGAUGAUGGAGGAUUUUCCAGCAAUCACGGAGAGAUUAAUAAUGCUCCUGAGAAGGGUCAGAAUCUUGGUGAGGAAGCUACGAAGACCGCUGCUAAUGGAACAAACGAAGAAGGCGAUUAAGACAGCAACGAUGGUGGUUAUAGCGGCGGUUACAAUGGGAAACGCUGUAAGUUGGAUGAUGGUGGGCCCCAUUAAUAACAUUAUGUGGAAAGAUGUACAAAUCUUCGAUUUAAUAUCCCGUUGUGUUCUGAAAUAAUUGGAUUAAAUAUUCUGUCAAUUAAUUUAGGUACAAGUUUAUUGCAAGUAAUAGUAAGUUGUUCCUACCCCAGUUAGUGAGUGGUAUUGGAGUUGAUUUUAAGGUUGAAAAUUUGGAGUUCGACCUUCAAUAGGGUAGCAAGAAGUUGUGAACUUAAAAAGCUUGCACUUUGAAUUACUUAAUGUAAUUGUUUGUAUGUUUGCUUGUUUUUUUGUUUUUUUUUUUUUUUCAUGUUCA